CCGGUACAUAACCUAUUUGUUUGAUCUAUAAAAUCAUUUGUACUCAUUUUAUUUUUUUUAACAGUAUUGAUUUAUAUCUAUUAAUAAACAGUUACAUAUAAAAAUACCAAAAAUGGGUAAAAAAGUAACAAUAGCUACUGCUACAUUAAAUCAAUGGGCUUUAGAUUUCGACGGAAAUCUUCAACGAAUCUUAGAAUCUAUCAUUGAAGCUAAAGAACAGGGUGCUGCUUAUAGAACAGGGCCUGAAUUAGAGAUAUGUGGUUAUAGUUGCGAAGAUCACUUUUACGAAAACGAUACAUUUUUGCACAGCUGGGAGGUGCUUUCAGAACUAUUAACAUCACCUUCAUGUAAUGAUAUCCUUAUUGAUGUUGGUAUGCCAGUGAAAUUUAAAAGUGUAGCUUAUAACUGUCGUGUGGUCUUUUUAAAUCAAAAAAUUUUAUUAAUUCGUCCAAAACUUGCUAUGUGUAAUGAUGGAAAUUAUAGGGAAUCUAGGUGGUUUACAUCUUGGGAGAAGGUUCGAAAAAUAGAAGAAUUAAGAUUACCGGAAAUUAUAUCUUCAAUAACCGGCCAAAAAACAGUUCCUUUCGGUGAUGCUAUUUUAGACACAAAAGAUACUUGCUUAGGGUUUGAAAUUUGUGAAGAAUUAUGGAGCCCUAAAAAUACGCAUGUAGAUAUGAGCUUGGAUGGAGUUGAAAUAAUAAUAAACGGUUCUGGCAGUCACACAGAAUUAAGAAAAGCUUAUAUUAUAAGAAAAUUGGUUACUGAUGCUACUUUAAAAUGUGGGGGUUGUUAUGUUUUUAGUAAUUUAAGAGGUUGUGAUGGUCAAAGAAUUUAUUUCGAUGGAAAUUCUUGUAUUUGUUUAAAUGGGGAAAUUUUAGCUUACUCUAAACAAUUCGCUUUACAAGAUGUUGAAAUAACCACAGCCACUUUUGAUUUAGAAGACAUCCGAUCUUAUCGAAACUCAAAACGGAGUUUCGUUGUUGAAUCAGCUAGAUGUGCUAAUUAUCCAAGGAUAGAAGUUGAUUUUUCAUUAACAGAACAUAGCAAUAGUAGGUUACCAAUUUCUGUCCCUGUAGAUUGGAUUAGUUUACCACCAGAAGAAGAAAUCGCUCAGGGUCCUGCAUGUUGGUUGUGGGAUUAUUUGCGACGCUCAGGACAAGGAGGAUUUUUUCUACCUUUAAGUGGAGGAGUUGAUAGUUCAAGCACAGCUUUAAUAGUUUAUUCAUUAUGUAGAUUAAUCGUACAAGAGGUACAAAAAGGAGAAUCUACAAUUUUAUCAGAUUUGAGGAGAAUAUUGGGUGAUCAUGAAUAUACUCCAACAUUACCCAAUGAGUUGUGUAAUCGUAUUUUAGUAACAUGUUAUAUGGGAACAGAAAAUUCUUCAAAAGAGACUAAGAAAAGAGCGGCUGGAUUGGCCGCUGCUAUAGGAAGGUAAGAAACACCAUUUAACAAUGACUUACAAAGGAAGUAUCAGAACUGUCCCUCA